CAAAUAGAGAACCUGGUUGUCGCUAUGGCAACUUUGGUUAGUAUCUAUCUAGAAUACUUAUCCUGGUGUCAGUCCUCCUACCCCACGGAGGAGGAAUGGGUUGCUCAACCAAUCGUCGCUCUGGCAUCCGUCGAAAUCACACUUUAAGAGCCCACCUCUUAUGCCAUGCAACUCCAGUCCACCAGGACUAACAUGCAAGACCAUCCAGCGGCGUGAUCCGGUCUUUCCCGUAGAGGUCGAGGGUAGAUAUAGUCCUUCUAGUGCCGCGGAAUUUCACCCCCAGAUAACUGAGCUGGGUCCCUAUAUAUUUGCAACAAUGAGACUAUUAAUCGAAAGGCCUAAUCGCUGGAAAUUAGAACUUACUAGCUCAAACAUCGAGCACGGUGCUCGCAGUACUCAUCAGCAAGGUGAACAACCCGCUGCGUUUCCCAUUAUCUCUGGCGCAAGCAUUCCUGGAGGGCCCGAACUGAGCUUCAACCUCUACCGCUCCGAUACGGGUAAUCCUCAAUCCCAAAGUCAACCAGCACAAGACACCUCGGUCAGGCCAUCUCAUUCCAGAAGCAUACGGAAACGACUUGGCAAGUUCGUCUUUCAUUUUUCCCCCCAUCGGAAAGCCAGAACGGCAGACGUCGAGCCUCAUCCAAUGUCGCCCAUGGAACUUGAAGCGCCGCCAGCCGAGCUUGAUGGUAGUCAUGGAUGCGCCUGGGAGCUUGAAGGGCACGUGGGCCAGGCGUCCCCUCACCAUGGGUUCACCCCAAACAGCCCCCCAGACCAGGUAUCCCCUUAUCCAUAUGAUGUGCCUUUUAGGAGUCAACAGAGUGUGGUUGACCCACGCCUGCAAGAUUUCGCUAUACGAGCAGGUCGGUCCCCGCCUGCGAGGAUGGAUAAUACCCAACGUCAAAAUGUUCACCAAGGCCACGUGAGUGCACCACUUGUGCGGUCCCCCAUGUCAUCAAGCGCUUCUUGGAUUCACGCAGCCACUGCGCCGGCACACGACUCUCCGCAAGCCUAUAGGGCAAACAACACGGGGUACACACAACCGCCAUCCUAUGGGCCUAUAUCCGGCAACUCGUCGCCGGUUAGCCCCAUCGACUGGAAGGCCAGUACCGGCCCAGAUCGUCAGCCUAUGCCAAGCUUCCGCCAGGGUUCACUAUCAGAUCCCUUCCCAUCUACAUCAUCAUAUCCCUUGAAUUCAUUUGGACAACCUGCGUGGGGGGCUGCUGUCUAUAGUCCAGUGCUAUCCCCAAUCACCACCACUCGUCGAAGCUCCACUACGAUGAGUGUCGGACAAUCCUUCUCAACCUGCCCAGCACCAGCACGUGGCGCUGUUGACACUCUUUCUCCUACCACCCAUGGAAGUGGUAGUAUACACGAACAACAGUUGCGGUACUUUGGAGAUGCUUCUGGGACACCAAAUUCCCCUCUUUCGCUACCAGCUACUGGCAUUGCCGUGCCAUAUCCCUCGGCGGAAACCGGCUCAGCUGUAAGUGGCGCGGUGGCUGCUGGCGGCGAAAUUGGGAGCUCAAACUAUUUAAGCAACUGGGGGGGGCACUACAACAGAUUCCAAAGCCAGAGCGCGUAUGGAUCUAAUGCAACACGGGCAUUAAUUCAACAUCCUAUUGUCGGACCUACGAUAUCGUUCCCUCCAUACAACACAGGUGAGGCACCACUAAGUUCCGCUGGUGCAAUCGGUUCUCGUUCCCCUUUGGAACAGCCCGCCUUUGGAAUGAGACAGGGUCAAGAACACAGUGUAGCCAGUGCGUUGCCAGUAGAGAUGAAGAGCAAGGGGGAAAAGCAAGCUGCCGUCCAAGGUAGAUCUGGGCUGGCAAGAUUAAGCUCUCGUGAAGAGGUGACUUCAGCAUGUGCUCCACUCUUCCCUCCGGUCGCAUGUGGAAUCUGCGGGUCGACUUUCAAUGGGCUUUACCGGAAUGGCAACCUGAAAAGACAUAUUCGCCAGAUGCAUGCAGACUCUGUUGAGGUCAAGCCGGAAAAAGUGUGCCGGGCCUGCGGGAAAGUGUUUAAUCGAGCAGAUGCCCGUAGAAAGCACGAAUGGAAAAAGCACCACUUCUCUGAUGCGAAGCCGAACAAGCGACGCAAGGACAAGGGCUUCGAAUCCAACUAGUCAUCCGCACUGUGGGCUGAAAUCGACCCUACACCUCUCGUUUCGAAAGAUCAUCGUCGAACAACUCGAAAGCCUGGGGAUUCACUCGUUAAUACGACCACACGACGCUCAUUGAAAUUCGAACCAAUUUGGAUCUUGCUGGACAAGCUGGGACACCUUUCUCCUGUCACCAACGCUAGCCAUUAAACUGGGACGUUUUGCUGGGCAAAUGCGCGUUUGCUUCUGUAGAUACUUUACAAUUUUGGAUAUAUUAUCAGAUCUUUCGUCAGGCGGGAGCUGGAAAGUUGAACGAUUGACGAGUGGACGAUAACAUCAAAAACAAAAAGCACUCCUUGGCCCAUUAGAGUUCUUGGAGGCCGUAAUACCUGGAAUUG